GGUAGUGUGCAUACCUAUAGAAACAGCAACACCGAUUGACUUGUUUGCAUGGGACUUCGUCUGUCGAGCGAUUUGCAAUGAAGGUUUUCCUUCUCUUAGUCCAUUGUGCUGUUUACUUUCGCGGUGUUUACCCUCUGGAUGAAGAAUUUGACGAGGUACAGAGGGAAGAAGAUAAACUUCCUCCCUAUCUCAAAGAUGAUGGAAUUCGACGCGUCGCGAAGCUCACCAAAGAACACUUCAACAAGACUCUGAAAGCAAGCCGGAUGAUGGUCGUCCUCUUCUAUUACUCCAGCAAUGAAAAAGAUCCCGAGGCCGAUACAUCGUGGAAAACGGACGAAAAAAUGCUCGAGAUCGUAGCUCGAGUCCUUCAACCACAGGGUGUGACGGUUGGCAUUGUAAAUGUAGCUGAUAGCAUGGAAUUGGCUCAAAACAUGGGUGUGAAAUACUCUGGUGCAAUAAUGAUAUUUCAUAGAGGAAAGAGAAUAGAAUAUUUUGGGCACAGGUCUGCUGACAUUCUUGUGGGAUAUUUACACAAGAUGUUUGAAUCUCCUGUCACCCUUAUAGAAAGCAAGAAACAGAAAACUGUGUUUGAAGAUGUUGAUGGCAGCAAAGUAGUAGCGUAUUUGGAAAAGGAUUCCCCAGAAAUCAAGGCAUUUGAGGAUGCUGCCAAGCAGUACCAACCCUUGUUGCCAUUCUUUGCAGUCUUUGAUAAAAAGCUUGCCAAGUCGUUGAGAUUCAAGAAGCCAAAAAGCAUCCAACUGUUGAAGCCCUAUGAGAAGCCUGUCUUUUUUCCUACAAAUGAGGCCAUAACGGAGGAAAAUAUCAACAACUUUAUCGCAAACAACAAAAAAAGCAUUUUGACCAAGAUUAGGCUUGAAGAUAUUCAUGACACUUGGUCGACUAAGGUGGAAGGUUAUCUGGUAACGGCAUUUGUGAGGCUAGAUACAAACGACGGUGCGCAGUUCUUCUCAUUGGUGAAGUCUCUUGCCCGGCGUUAUGGCGACAACAAGAAAUUGAACUUCUUGUGGGUCGACCCAGAUCCUUUCCCUACGAUGCGUGAUUACUGGCAGAAGUCUUAUAAUAUUGAUGUUAACUCUCCAGUCAUAGGGGUCAUCGAGCCAAAACUCAGCAAGAGUUCUUGGUUCGAGAAGAAAGGCAAGGAAACUAAACUACGCCAUCUUCAGCAGUGGGUUGAAGACAUUCUGGCGGGAAAAGUUGAGCUGAAAGAGCCGGCGAAUUCAACGGAAACAGCUCCAGAUGGAAAACAAGAAGAGACGAGCAAGAAAGAGGAACUUUGACCAUGGGUCAGAUUUUAGAACUAUUAUAAAUUAAAGCUCGAAACUAGCGUUUAUACCGCUCUGUUGUAAAGCACUCCAGAUCAGCUGCAGAAAAGGCGCUAAUAGCGAGCUGUCCCGUAACAGAGUCACACACAUUUAUAGUCGGAGAAUCAAUAGAAGAUAAUUUCAUUGAAAGCCGAAACGGGUGAGAAGACUUUCUUCUAGUUUUGUCACCCAUUUCGUUUUACUCCCGAAUUUCUGUCGGGCAUUGGAGUCUGAAGCGCUGCUAACAUCUGGUAUUAUACCAUUAAUUAACGUUCUCGUCCCCAUCAAACUUAAAAGUAGCCAUUUAAUUUGGAAAGCAACAAAGCCGUUUUAGCGCAACCUGUUAAUGAUUGUUGUACAAGCAAAGGAAGAUGUAAAAUACAGUUUUGACUUCUUCACAGAACGAAUCACGAGGAACGGGAAUAAGUAUUUGAUAAGCCAAUCACAUGGCGAGUUUUGGCCAGCACGUGUGGCAAGCGCGGGAAAAUUCGUGCAAAGCCGACACGUACUCUGUCUAACGUUUGCACCUGAUUAGUGAAAGACAUUUCUUUGCUAUGAUUGGUUAAAACUUGUUGCACGUGAACGUCCGAGCUUUGUUAACCAAUCGUAAACAGUCAUUGAGCAGCUGUUCAGUAUAACACCUCCACAGACAAUAGAGUUAAUAGUUAAUUGAGCCUAUUUAGAGCUCAAUGGAACUUUUUUUAGGGGUCAUAAUUAUCGAUUAUCACAUUUUUAUGCGAGAUGUUCAGGUUGGUAACUGCUGUCGCUGUGUGUGUGACAGUGAUAACAACAAGCACAGAUUAUGUCAGUUGUAGGCAGCCGUUUCUGGGGAAGAAAAAAACUUAUUGUGUUGAUAACUUACUUCACGCACUGGCUGUUGACUUAUUGAUAGCUUUUUUAGACCCCGUCUACACUAGUACGCCGAAGAAAUUUGUUUCUACGGUUAGACCUAAGGUCCACACUGAUCCAUCAGGAAAACGGAACUUUUCGAAAGCGCUCUUCAACCCGAGGAAUUUGAAAACGCCGGCUUUUCGUUUUCGUGCGGACCGACAACAUUUUGAAAACGGAGCUUUUCGAAAACGAUGGUGUCUCGAGAAUCAGGUGAUUUCCCUACCCGAGGUUUCUGCAAACACAAUUCCAACACGACCGAUGAUUGUUCCGUUUUCAAAUUUCUGCGGCGUACUUUCUACGGCAAACAUUUGAUGCGUUUUCAGAGUGAUGCCUCCGUUAUCAAAUUCCCCCGGCGUGGUGUGGACAGGGCGUCAAUAACUGAUUAUAUUUUUAUAUGAAUUUCUUCAUUACGCAAUGCUAUUAUUGCAGUAAAUUCGACGUCAGAUAAGUUAAUAUAUUUUUGAGUAAGACUAUUACAACUAGUUAUGCAUCUCAAAAUUGAAAUGACACAAUUGUUAAACUGAAAAUUUUCAGUCAUGUUAGGGGUGAACAAGUUUGACGUGCCACAAAUUAUUAAUUUAACUUGUGAUCAUUACAGGUAGACGAUCUUCUAAUUUAAUUGAAUUUUCAUAAAAAAAAUAUAUUUGACGAUUUUUGAAUAUCGACGAUUUUAGGUGUAAGUUGUAGGUAGGAAAUAUACUAGCCUUUAAUGAUAAUAAACAAAUGUUGUUUACGACCACA